GACUCGGCUUCAGUCUCCUUGAGCUUGUGGAACUGUGAAAAUGUGUGACGCGUGAUUUUCCCCAAUACGCGACUUUCCGUGCCGUUGACUGAUAUUAUUAAAAACUGUUCUUUUAUUUUUAAACAUUUCGUUUUUGUGUUUUUAAAUUGUUUUCGAAAAAUAUUCGAAAUUAUUGUUUUUAUGCCUCCGUACAACUCAGUGCUUCCGUAGUAAUACUAUACUAUAAAUUACGGAAAAUUCGUUAGACAAUAAGCAAUUGUCUGGUAUCAUCCUUCGCAGUGUAUGACGCAGUUGGAGCAUAUAAAUCGAAGGAAAUUGAAACUUCAGCAGCAGCAGACCUUGUGAAUUUCAGUGCAAAGUACCUAUGAAAUAUUUACAUUAGAGCAAAUGUAAAGAAAAAAUAAUUUUUUUAAAAUUAUACUAAACAAGUGUAUACGUGAAGUGUUUCAAAAAUCUAUAUGUGCUAUUAAAUACACAUAAAUAAAAAAUUAAAGUGAACAGUGAAACAGCUGUAUGUACCAGCAAAUGAAAACCUUUGACUUUGUGCCAAUGUAUUUUGUUGUAUUCUUAUAGUAAAUACAGUGAAACGUCGUUUUAAGUGUGUACAUAAUUGUUACAUAUACUGUGAAAAAAAAUAUAAAGAAAAUAUAUUGUAAACGACUCGAACGACGCAGCAAAUACUGAUGAGCAGCUAAAUAAUUUAAUUAGACAAAAGCAUAAAAAUAGUGGUUAGUGGUAAACCACAGUUAUACGUAAUUGGUUUUGGAGCCAACUACAAGCAUAUUUAUAUAUACAUAUAUACACACACUCAUAUGUAUAUGAAUUGUCUACAAAAAUAAUCAAACAACCAAAAUAAACUUGAAAAAAAAAAAACCCAAAAGAGUGACGUAGCAACAGCGCAAAGUGUAAUAUUAAGACAGCAGAAAAACAUUUUAUGAAAAACUCCAAAAUAUAGCGAAGGAGAAUUUUAGAAAAAUCGUCGUUGACGCAUUGAAACACUGCAGACUGACGUCAGACCAGCAGCGCCAACAGCGUGGCAGCUAAAAAUACAGAGACAGACAGACAUAGAUGCAUACAGCAGAAGCGCGUUGAAGCCAGCUACAACGCAAGCAAGUGAUUUCGACGCACAAAACAACGCGUUGGUCGGCCAGCGAGCGAGCAGUGCCGAGCGAACUCAUAAAGUUUAAAAAUAAAGACUAAAAAAUAUAAAAAAAAGUAUAAUUUUUAUGUUAAAAGCAAAACAAAAGCGGCGGUAAUAAGAAAUCAAUACAACAACAACAACACAAUUAAGUGUUGAAAAACAUUUCCAUCGACUUAUAACGCAUAAGUGCCACGAGAGCCGCAUUUGGCAACAUUGUAACAUUGUUGCACAGCAACAUAAUUGCUUAGCAACAUUUAUUGCCUCAGCAACAUUCGUGUGAGCAACAUUGUUUGAAUCAGCAACAUUUACCACGUUAGCAACAUUGUUGUACAGCAACAUUUCCUUAUAAACAUUUGAAUUGAAAACAACUCUCCAACAUAUUCACCAAAACAACAACACAACAACGCCAAUGUUGUUGCCAAUGUGAACGCCGCUUACUCGAUCGAUGUUGUUAACGUUCUUCAGCUUCCUCAUGCGAUUCGUAGACAUUUCCAAAUUGCACAGCGAACGGUGCAAUUGCACAAACGGCGCCGACGAUUGCCAGAACAAGGUGAAAUGCUGGCAACAAGCCGCAGCCGCCGCGGCUGCUGCCGCCGCCCACAAGGCGAACGUGGCCGGCACGUCGAAUAGUAGCAGCACGAGCAGCGGCUGCGAUAGCAGUGCCUCCUCGGCAUCGGGUGGUAGCUCCUCCAAAGAGAACUUCUAUGCAUUGAAUAUGCCGCCAAAGCAGCGUCGACAGCAACAGCGGCAGCAGCAACAGCAGCUGCAUCGACAGGCGGCGCAACAUCAAACCAUCACACCGGAGCAGCUCGAACAAAUACGUUACUACCAACAAAUGCAACAACAACAAUUGCAAAUAUUACAACAACAACUCUUGCAGCGUCGCCUGCUGCAGCAGCAUUUGCGCGAACAGGGCGUGGAUGUGGGCGUACGCACGCGCCUCCUUAGUACUGAGAAUGAUAGCGUCGGCAGUGGCGUCACAGCGCCUCAAGCGCGUUUGGGCAGCACAAACGCUUCGGCGGCGCUCACCUGUAAUCAACAGUAUUUGAUGCAGCAGCGUUUGCAACAGCAGCAGCAACAACAACAACCGCCAGCACCACCAUCAUGGUUGCGCAACAAUCACAAUUAUAAUUCCAAUAAUCAGCACAACAACAAUGUGCUAAAUAGCAACAAUGAUAUUCUCAACAAUAAUGAUGAUUUCGCGGUGCUCCUAAGCGACAUUGGCGUGGGACAUCAAAAAGGACAAAAAUUCCGUCGUGGCAUGACAGAAUUCUCAACAAACAACGAUAUCAACAACAAAUCACAUCUAUCACAACCGCUUCAAAAUUCACCACGUCAUUACGCUUACUCCUCCUCUCAAACGAAACAAACGCAUCAUCAUCAUCAACCAAAUCUUUCACAACAACCACAUCCUAAUUCUCCACAACAUUACGCCAAUAACAUAAAUUCACAUUUUAACUAUCAAGCAUUCAAGCAAACGCAUAAUAAUAAAAAUAAUUUGCAAACGCUUCCUUUAAAUUCUUCUGCAAAUACAUUUACGACAACAACAACAACAUCACAUAUAAAUAGUAACAUCACAACAUCACCCACAUCGGCGACACAAUCGCCAUUGCAUUACAAGAAACCAUUGAAUAGUCCGAAUAAUUCGCCAUUUGCAUUCGCCUACAACAAUUACGGCGAAAACGAACGUGAACGCGAACGCGAACAACAACAGCGACAACAGCAACAGCAGCAAAGGAGCAGCAACGCAGCUGCCACGGCACAACAACAUCAAUUGCAACAACAUUUGCGUAGCAGCAAAACGUUGCCGCUACUGACACAGACGCAAUAUCAGCAGCAUUUGAAUGAUUUGCUGCUGCAACAACAACACUUGCAAAAGCACCAACAACAAUUGCUCAGCGCCAAGGACGCCGACGACGAACUGAGCGAGGAGAGUCUGAAGCAGAAUGUUGCAAUAGUACUGAACAAUUUGGAUCGUUACAACAACGCGUUGCGCAGCAUCAUACUGAAUGAGCAAGUGAGCGGACAGAGCAGUGUGCUGAUCGACGACAGCUUGUUGGUGGAGAGUUUGGGUGCGAAUAAUAAUUUUCUGUUGAAUAGUGGCGGCAACAAUACAAUGGCUGCGCCAGCAACACCGGAAUCGGAUUACAAUAGUAAUGCAACAACGCCUGGUUCGCGUCACAGUAUGCCGCUCGAUAGCAACAUGCUGCAGCAGCAUCAGCAUUUGGUAGGUUUCGCCAACGCGGCGGCUGCGGCUGCGGCAACAGCUUGUGGUGGUGGUGGUGGUGUAGGUGUUAGUAAUAAUAUUAAUGGUGUUGGUGGUGGUGGUGGCUACUUGGGCAACAAUUUAAACUAUUCGAUUGCUUCUUCACACGAUUUCACUCAUGACAAUUCCGAUUAUCAGUGGCUACUAGAUUGCGACUAUCGAGAUGGCUGCGGCACCGGACUGCAACGCAGCAUAUUCUCAUCGAUAUCGGGCUCCUACAGUGGCGACAUAAUCUUCUACAAUGACUUCUCUAAAAAACUCGACGCUAAUCUUGCCGAAGUUGAUAUGGAAAGCUUUCGUGCCGAAGACAUCUUACUACACAUGCCGUCGUAUUGCAAGAAUAUGAGCAAUAGCAAUCGGCUGCAACAAUCGUUUUUGUUGCAACAACAUGCAUUGCCGCUAAAUGCACAAGAACAUGGUGGUAUCGGUGGCGUCGGCGGCGGCGUUGGUGGUGGUAUUAACCAUUUAUCAACCACAUCGCUCACCUCUAAUAAUGAGCUUAUCGAUAAUUCCAUUUGUAAAUCGGAAUUACUCUUCUCGCCGGUCAAGGAGUCGCAUCUAUCCGCCGAUUCGCUUGAUAUGGACGCAUAUCCGGAGAAUGAGGACAUCAUAUUGACGUGCAAAGCGAACAAGGACAAUUACACAAUCGCUUUUGAGGGCAGCGUACUGUAUUCGGAUGAGAGUUUCUAUGCUGAACCAUCCGAUGUUGCCGCAAGAAACACACAUAAUUUCAUUAAUUUACACAGCAAUCUUGAGGAUAUUGUCAAGCGCAAAGCUUUGGACGUGUCCAUGUCUCGCUCGGAGCAGGCCGCUAGUGUGCGCGGCAAGCUACAAAAGAGCAAUACAACACAAUUACAAAGAUAUCCGUCGGGCAACAACAACACCGCCGCCAAUAACAUUUUCGUGCAACACAUACAACACACACCGAAUUGCACGGUGCGUAAAAGUCGCAGCGUACCAAAUCUGCGCGAUCACAAAGAUCCAACUGCAAUGGUUUGUAGCGGUAUUGCGGAUAUACAACAACAAAAACAUCAUUCACAACAACAGCAGCUGAAUGUUUCGCAGGCGGUUAGCACCUCGAAUAUGGAGUGUUGCAAGACGUCGCGUAAUUUGCUUCCCAUGUGCCAGAUGCCAAUCUCUUCUAAUUCCAUAAUCGCCUCCAUUACGUCGGAGCGUCUAAAUGCAGGCGAGCAAUUGCAAACGCAACACCAACAACAUCAGCAGCAGCAGGAGACACAACAACAGCAAAAUGCCCCCCAACAACGUCACAAACAUCGCUGCUCUUGCCAGCCACCGAAUGCCGUCACAUCUGCCGCAGCCGCUGCCGCUACAAAUAGUCACAAUUGCCCCGCCGCGCAAAAGCAUGCGCCCAUUUCGGGCUCCGCUUCGUCAGGUAGCUCGAAUCCACCCGCCUUCAAUCUAGUCAAACUAUUCAUCAAACAAAAGAGCAAUCAAUCCGCCACGGACGAGCAGCAGAUGAGCACACACACAUGCAUGGAUGUGUCGUCGGGUUGUUGGCCGUCAAGCGAUGCGGCCGGCUCGAGUAGCAGCUCGUCGCUGGAACAGCGUCUACGCAAGAAGAGCAUGAAUGAUUCGGGUAAGGGUUCGGCGCUCAGUCGACACGACGAGGAUGAGGAGCAACUGUGUGCGCAAGUGCGUGACACAUGCGAGUCUGCAUUCCAGGCGGAGCCACAUCAUGGACACGCCGGUCACCCAACGCCCACGCGCCGCCACUUACGUAUACGUAAUGAUGCUGUUUUCUACGAUGAAGAUCCCAGCUCAAGCUCAAGUGGUUCGCUGACAGCAACCAAUUCGCCUGCGCAUCGACGUAGAAGUAUGCCGCCGCGCCAUCCACAAUUGUGCCAACUGGUGACGCAACACAAGGACGUCGGUACGGCAUGCAGUUUGCAGUCGUCGGAGAAUAGUCGUAGCAAUUCCGAACAACUUACACAGGUCUAUGUGUCGACUGGCACCUCGUCAACCACAUUGGAGCGACAGCGUUCGCGUUGCGAAGGCGCUCAACCCACUGUGUCGGCGGCUUCGAGUUCGGAGUUGAUUUCACGCUCAAUGCAAACAUCGUGUGGCUCGUUGAGUACGCGCAGCAGUAUGAGUGAUCGUUUCCGUUUCGUGCCACCUUCCUUCUUGGCGAAGCUCAAUAAUUUGGGUGAAGAGAGACAGGCGCCAAUUUAUGUCAUCUAUCCAAAUUAUGCGUUGCCCGAUUUGGGUUUCGUGAAGACCAACUCAACGGCAGAUGUGAUCUUCUCGCCGUUCAAUUACAAGAUGGCCGUUGGUAGCAAUGACGAUUCGGCUUCGAUGGCAUCGCUGAAGAAACGCGUCAACUUAAAUAGUAAUGACGAUGAGAUACUCAAGAACAUGGACUAUAAGCAUGUAGUGGAUUGGCAAUCACUAACGACACUUUUGCCGGCGGACUACCGUCGUCGCUUGAAACACAUUCCCGAGGUGAAUACUUUGUUGCCGGACUUGGACGCCGAGCUGUCGCAGCGUCCGCUAUUCUGCAUGUCUCCACCCAUACGUCGUAAUCGGCCACACAUAUGCGACUGUGCGCAGUAUUUCCAACAGCAGCAACAACAUACGACACAAACUGGCGAGGAAGGUUCCUCGAGCUCUGCCUCUAGUCAACAACCCAGUUCAGGUUAUCGCGGUUCGUCCACUCUGUUGGCCGACUCUGCAGAUCUCGAGAACGCGGACCCUUUAAAGCAAAUGUACAUAUAUCAAUAUGAACAGCAACGCAUGGACUCCGGUGUUGAAAUGAGUCCGGCGGCAGGCAGAACACCGCCACAACCAAUGCCACGUGGCAUCUUACGCAAAUCAUCUUCACAUUCGGCGAAUCGCACAAAGCGCAAUUCGAUGAUCGAAGGUCAGCAAUCGAAAUUGACGAAGCAAGAGAAACGUCGCAGUCUACAAGAGCCACCGUAUCAUCAUGCAAUCGGUUCGUCCGAAGAGCUGGGUGAAGUAUUCGAAGAGGAGGCCGAACUAUAUGCAGUGCCACAGCCACGUCAAGAGCGUCUUUCACGCAAAGAUUUGGAUGCGCGUAUGCGUUUACUCUCGUCGCUGCCGCGUUCCGAACUAAAGUGUUACGCCGAAAUUGCGGCCAUUUUGGAGUCAUCAACCGAGUACCAGGUCGCCUACGAUCCAGCGGCAUUGAAGAAAGAAGUGAGUCGUGCGCUCAGUCAGCAAAAGAAGGUGUCAUUCAACGACAUACACACACUCACAGAGAACGAACCAGAAGUUGGUUUGACUUUGCAACAGCAACAAACACAACAACAACCAUUGCUUGCACCAGAAGCGCGUCAACGCUUCACAACACCACCAAAUUCACCGAAUAUCUCGGUAGCCGGUGGACCGUCAGCGACACGUCGCUCCUCACAAAUGGAGCAACAUCAAACGGCCAAACGUUUGGCCGCACUCGACGAGCAAGAGAAACGUAAGAUUGAGAGCAAUCGCUUCAAGCGCUUGCAAAUCCAAUGGGAACUGAUGAGCAAAGACUCGACAAUGUUAAAGGAGUUGGCUAGCGCACAAGAGACGAAGAGCGGUGGCUCGACACCGACUGCAACGGCGGCAUCGGCGACAGCAGCGGCGGCGGCAGCAGCAGCAGCGAAUGCAGCGCACAAAUCGCGUAUACCGCGGCCAGUCAGCUAUCCAGCGGGAAAAGCUAGAAAUGCUAAUUGCAACAUGAAACCUGUUUUGAAACAGUUAGAUAAAGUGAAAACCACUAAACUAAGUAUAUCUCCACAAAUUGGCAGAAUUAGCACACAAGAAGCGGAUGGCAAGACAACACGUUCGCCCAGUCGCAUUGUGCCACCGAAACGUUACAGCAUGACAGCGGCAGUGACAAAUGCGGGCGUUGGAGUUGGUGUUACGCGUGCGCGUACGCCCAAUAGUCGAGCGGCGGUGACAGCGCCGAAUACACCCAAGCGACGAGUGCAGUCGCCAAGAACAACACCACGCGUGCGAUAAAGCGCAAAUCAAGCAAAUCCACAAACCCGACAUCCCCAAACUCACACACGACACAUUGAAAGACAUGCUAUGCUCUGCAAUGAAAAAUACAAAAACAAAUUUAUGCUAUUUAUGAAUGCAUAGUUUUCGUACUGAUUUCUACUAGUUUAGGCUGAAAAGUAUAUACACAAGCAGAUAAAAGAAUCGUGAAAUUCAUACGAUCGUAUUUGAAUGCAACGUUAACGGUACAAUCAAGCACAGUGCGUAAGAAAUGAAAUUAGAAAAUGAAAAUUGCUGCGUAAGUGACAGCGCAACACGUUUUGGAAGCGAUAAGCUAAUUGUUAAACGCUAUAAUAAUGCAAGCGAAAUGCAAUGCAACACUGCGAGCAUCAACAGAUAUAUAUAUAUAUAUAUAAAUAUGUAUAAGUAACGGCGUAUAAUGCAAAUUUGUACGAGCCUAAAAGUGAUAUUACGUGAAUGAGAUGAGCAAAGUGUAGUAGUUGGUUGGCAAGCUCUAGUAUUUCCUUAGUUGCUAAUCUACUAUACAUAAAAUACAUACAUACAUACAAUUAAGAAGAGGAGUUAAAUAAAUUAAUUUUAAUUUUUAUUUCAACUUUAAUGCAAGAAGAAAUGUACUAAUUUAACUAAAUAUGUAAAAUGUAAUGCAAUAAUCGUACUAUACAUACAUACAAACAUACAGAAAUAUAUAUAUAUAAAGAAAUAUGAUGUUAUGAAGUCGCAGAGAAGUGAAAAAAAAAACAAAAAUUAAUUGUAUGCAAUAUGCAACAACUAUUUAUACAAACACACAUACAGGCAUACAUGCGUACAUGCAUACAUACAUAUAUAUAUUAAGAAGUGAGCAAGCAAAUAAGUAUGCAAACAUAUAGUACACCCAAGUCGUCUCAUUUCCCUUCGAAAGUGCAUAUUUCCGUAAUGCCUGUGUAUGCUGAGCGCUACUGCUAGCUAGCAUGCUCACCGCUCGAAUGCGUAGCCAAAUGGAAAUUUAUUAACGUAUUACAACAACAAGCAAAAAAAAGAAAA